AUGUGGCGUGCCUCACGUUUGCAUUUCGUUUCGUCGAAGUCGUUGCGCUCCAGCGCGUCCAGGAACGAGAGCGUCUCUGGCUGCCCCUCCGUGCUCUCGCGCACGGUGCGCAGUGUCAUGCGCUUAAUGUGCUCCACGUUAAUGCCUCGGCCAAGCUUCAUGGCGUCAAUUUCGUCUUCCAAGUCGCCCAAUGACCAGAAGAAGUACCGUUUGCUGACGCUGCCCAACGAGCUCCAAGUGCUUCUCAUCUCCACGGCCGAGGUGGCGCACGUUGCGGCAGCCGACGAAAGUAGUUUUGACGACAAUGAAGAAGAACGCGAGGGUGCACCCAGUCGUCGCGCUGGCGCUUGUCUCACUGUGGGUGUCGGCAGCUUCGCUGAGCCCGAAGCGCUUCCCGGUCUGGCGCAUUACUUGGAGCAUAUGCUGUUCAUGGGUAGUGAAAAGUACCCGGACGAGAACGAGUUUGAAUCCUUUCUAAGUGCCCACGGUGGAUACAGUAAUGGAGCUACAGACAACGAGGUGACCAGCUACACAUUCGAGGUGGGGCCAGCCCAUCUUGAGCCGGCGCUCGACAUGUUCGCGCAUUUUUUCAUCUCUCCGUUGCUGAAGGCUGAGGCUAUGGACAGGGAACUGUCAGCCAUUGAAUCCGAAUUUAGCCAGGCGACACAGAACGACCGGAUCCGUACGCAGCAGGUUUUGUGCGACGUGUCUCCUGCCACUCACCCGUACCAUCGAUUCAGCUGGGGCAACAGGAAGAGUCUCCAGGAGCUGCCGGAGCAAAUGGGUGUGGACGUACGUCAGCAGAUUCUGGGGUUUUACGAUAAAUACUACUCGUCCAAUAUAAUGAAGCUUGUUGUAUGCGGCGAAAACACGCUGGACGAGCUCGAGCAGUGGGUGACCAAGUCGUUUAGCGCCAUUCCGAACAAGCACGUGGACGUGCCGUCAUUUGCGUCAACAGGGCCACCGUUUGGGGCGCAAGGUGCUGGCGCUCCGUUUCUCUGCAAGAUUGUGCCCGUCCGGGAUAUCCACACGCUUCAUCUUGACUGGAUGAUCCCUCCGGUUCUUGGUCUGCAUCACCAAAAGCCGUCGGACUAUAUUGCUAGUCUUCUCGGCCACGAAAGUGAAGGAUCUGUGCUGUCCCAUUUAAAACAACGAGGCUGGAUCUCCGCGGUGACCGCCGGAGUAACAGACACGGAUGGUUACGACUGUGGUAGCUACGCAGCCAAGUUCGAUAUCACCAUGAAGCUUACACUGGAGGGCAUUUCUCACUGGGAAGAUAUUGCCCAUGCUGUUUUCGAGUAUCUGCAUAUGCUCCGAGUAAAUGGCUGUCCCGAGUGGGUGUUUGAUGAGCUGGCGGCGCUGGCAGACAUUUCGUUCCGCUUCCAGGAGGAGGACAGUGCAGUCGAAAAAUGCGAAGAGCUCGGUGAAAUUAUGCAGUCGAUGUUCAGAGUGGCGCCAGACGACAUUUUGCGGUACGACCUGCUCAAAGGUGUCUUCAAGAAGGAGCUUACGGAGGAAGUGCUGAGCCAUUUGACUGCUGAGUCCGUGUGCGUGUCGAUCGUUUCACAAAGAUUUGAAGAAUCUGCUGAAUUCCAGACUCAGGUUAUCGAGGAGGAGUGGUUUGGUGUCAGAUACUCGCGGGAGAAUAUUGCGGAUGCCGUCAUUCAACGCUGGAAGAGGGCAGGAACUAACCCGAAACUUCACCUGCCUCGUCCAAACCAGUUCAUUCCUCGCGAUUUCUCGCUCGUGGACUCGAUAGAUGCUGAGGAUCUUGUGUGUGGUGCGACAAAGUUUGGCAAACUGUGGUACAAGCCGGAUCGCGUGUUCGCUACACCUCGCGCUCAUGUUGCGCUUUUGUUGCACUUACCCACUGUGGUGGCCAAUGUAGACAAUUGGGUCCUUACUCAGCUGUACGUGAAGCUUGUGAGGGACGCACUUAAUGAGUACGCAUACCAUGCGAAUGUGGCGGAGCUGAUGUACUCGCUCCAGGUAAAGGACUCCGGUCUGGAACUAAUCUUUGGUGGCUUCAACGAUAAGCUUCACAUUCUUGUCGAAGUAGUAGUUGCGGCUCUGUUUGGAACGGAAAUCAAUGAAGCGCGUUUUGAAGUGAUGCGAGAGGAAUUGAUGCGCGAGUCGAAAAACGCGAUCACGAAAGUGGCACAAAAAGCAAAAUAUCUUCGACUGCAACUUCUGGAAAAACGCUCAUUUGCUUUGGAGGAAUGCUUAGAUUCGAUCGAGGAUGCUACCGAGGAAUCACUCAAGAAGUACGUCGCUAACGAGCUUUGGGCGGGGAAGGCGUGGUUGGCGAGUUUUGCACACGGAAAUAUUUUCCAUUCUGUAGCGUCAAAAAUGGUGGCCAGUGUUGAAACGCAACUGCAGCGCGUAUCUGCACCGCUCGAGUUGCAUGACUUUCCCCGACGCCUUAUCAACGCCAUCCCACAGACCCCAGUGGGUUUUCUACUGAAGGAACGCAGCGAGAACAAGUCGGAGACGAACACACAAGUGGAACUCUACUACCAGAUCGGCCCGUUGACUUUACGCAGCCUGGCUUACGCGGACUUGCUGCAUCAACUGAUGGAAGAACCCCUGUUCGACACUCUGCGCACCAAGCAGGAGCUGGGUUACGAUGUUUCUUGCACUGUUCGUGUGACGAACGGCAUUUUAGGCUUUGGUGUGAUGGUUCAGUCGUCAUUGUUCGCAGCGGAGUAUAUUUCUGCCUGUGUUGACCGCUUCAUGAUUGACUUUGAAGAAGCGAUUGAGAUGAUGGCGGACGAGCAUUUCCACGACCACGUCCAAGCGCAGAUCUUGCUGAAGCUCGAGCCCGAUCACAACCUUCUAGAGACGACGCACCACUAUUGGUAUGAGAUCACGUCGCGUCGACUAGCUUUCGAUUUGGACGCUCAGCUUGCGAAGGAGAUGGAGACGCUGACCAAGAGUGAGAUGGCGCAGCACUACCGCGAGUGGAUUCUACAAAGCCCCAAAAAGCUGAUUGUUCAGGUGAUCGGCCGUGGCAACCCCGCCGAGAAAAUAGCGCAGAAAACCCGCAAGAAUGCCACCGAAGCGGAGCUUGCAGAGCUGCGUGCACUUCCUCGACCUAUUCGAAUCCGCGACUUGUGCCUAUUCAAGUCCGAGUUGCCUAGCUAUCCUGAUCCCAUCGACGAGAUCAAUACGGGCAAAACAAGAGAAGAGGACAAGCGUCAAGAGCUAUAG